CUCUCUUCUUCAUCUCUCUCACACACAGCACAACACAUGCGCACACUACUGUAUCGAUUAGUGAAUUUCACGUCUAAUUUGGUUUUUUAAGUUUUUUUCUGCAUCUAUUAUCGGAUUGGUGCUAUUAAUUCGCGGAUUCUGAUUGCACAAUUUGUGCUAUAGCUUUAUAAGCUCUUUCUUUUUGAAGAUGGAAACUGAAGGCACUGGUGGAAUGGCAAAACGAAUGAAGAGUUCUGUUGAAGAAAAAGAGUUAGGUCUACAAGAUGAAUCUAUGGUAGAGAUUUCAGCUGAAGAUAAUGUCGUAACUUCAAAUUCUGAACUGGUGGAGAUGGAGAUCUCUCACAUCCUUGAAAAGAUCAAUAACUUCACUCAGAUGGUGUCAGAGCUGCUAGAAUCAGGGAAGUCAAUGCUCAAGGAACUGAGCAAUGAAUUUGAAGAACGCAUGAUUUUAAUACACAAGGAGCAGAUGGAAAAGUGGCAGGAGGAGAUCAAGGAACUUCGCGCACUUGACACUGCAAAUGAGGAAACGGAUGCUCUGCUGCAAAAUGCUAUAUGUCUAAUUCAGAACAUUCAUGGUGGCUCUGAAAGUUUGUAAUCAUGAUAAUCGAACAGAAGAUCCCAUUUGGUUAACAUCGAUUUGUAGCUUUUGGGAUAAUAGUAGUGGUAUCAAUAUUACUGAUAUCUUGUGUCUGGCUCUAGUAUAUGAUGUAGUGUUGUUGGUCAGAUAACUCUUGGGAUUAAAACUAAAGAAUGAAUAUCAUUACUCCACUUUCUUCUUUA